CAACAUUAGAUGCUGCCAAAUCCUACACACUGCACCUUUAAUUAUUUUUUUCAGUAGGCCUAGAUAAAGUCUUAACAAAAGGGAGUGCAUUUUAGCAAAACAUUUUUGGCAGAUUUCAUAUGGAAAUGUAAUUAUAUUAGAACAUAAGCAGCAGACAUUCUCCUCCCCCAUUAAUAACUCCCUUAAAGGUACAGCGUGUAGCAUUUAGGAGGAUCAAUUGGCAGAAACGGAAUAAUAAUGUGUUUCAUACAGCUACAGGUGGAAAACAGCCAUCUGUAAGGACUUCAUGUACAGUUAUGUUGUCACAUUAUUUGAAUAAGUGAAUGAGUUGCCAUCAUUCCCACGUGUUAUGGACUGUAGAAGUUGGAUUGUAUGUUGAAGUUGAGGUCAAAGUUGAAUUGAAAGUCACAUUUCUGCUUUGCAUGUUUAUCUGUCAGCAGCUGAGGACGUUAAUGGUUGAUGACUGAUAACCACUGAUAUCAGGAUGUUUGAUCUUUGUGGUAGGAUGUUUUAUGAGCUGAAAUAUUUCAGUUUUUCACUCGGCCUGUAUGAGUAUGCACAUGUAACUGACUUUAAAUCACAACUUUAUCUCCAAGUCAAUGUGUGCUUAAGGAUGUGAAGAAGAGGUGUGUGUGGUUAAGUAAAAAGAGUCAGAGAGAGACAAAGAGUCUUUGAGAGCGAGAGUGCUUUGCUGCAUGUGUGUGUGUGUGUGUGUCCUUUUUGCAUGUGUGUGUGUUUGCUUUGGUGACGGCAGAGCUGCAGGUUGGAGCUGGGUGGGUGUGUGACGCUGUGUGUCGGGGGAGUAUCCUGAGCUCCCGGCUCUCAGUCAUUCACCUUCAGACUCAAACACAGUCACACACACAGGAGGUAGGGCUCACUGAGAGAGAGGAGACAGCAGCAAGAGACCAGAGGUGAAGCAGGAAAACAAAAAGAGUGAAAGAAAAACAAAAGAGAAAAGAUGGCAAUUGGCAAGAACUCCAGGAAAAGCUCCGUGCGGAGCUCCAUCCGGGCCCCAAAGUUUCUGGACAAAUCCAGCGGCUUCUACGGUCGCCUUGAUGAGCCAGAGGCCGUUGGAGACGGAGAGGAGGUGAGGGGAAAAGAAGUAGAGGAGAGGUGGAACGGGACGGAGGACAGCAUCGGAGAAGGGGGAGUCGCGAGCAGCCCGAGCCCGAGCCCGAGUGUGGUGCCCGUUUCUGGGGCAGAAGAGAGGGAAGAAGUCGAGGCGUUUGACCUCAACGAAGGGAUGAUGGAAGACGACGGGGAGACUCUCCUCCAGAGGAAACCCAGCCGCCGCAGCAGCAGGUGGAGAAGAAGCUCCAGGAGGAAGCAGAAGGAGGGGAGAGCCGAAGGGGAUGUGGCCCGGGAUGAGAGGCCCGGCCUGGGCACGGAGAGUCCAGUUGAGCCGCCUGUCCUGGAGGUGAUGAUCGAGGUGGAGAUGGAGAAGGUGAAGAAGAUGGAGGGAGAGAAUGGGAAGGAGCUUGUUCACUUCGCGAUUCGGGAGGAGGCGGACGACCAGGUCCUCAUCAGAGACAAGAAGAGGGGGAGAGAAGAAGAGGAGGAGGAGGGAGAGGAGGAGAGGAGGAUGAAGAGGGAGCAGGAGGAGGGGAUGAAGGAGGUGAAGAGGAACACGGUGAAGAAUUACCGCAAGGCCUUGGACCGAGCCUUUCGUCGCGGCUGGGAGGCCUUCAUCACCAACCUCUACAGCGUCACGCUCGCACCUGUGACAUCAUCCUCACCGCCGCCUUCUUCUUCUUCGCCUUCGUCGAAAAAGAAACAGCAGCACAACGCUGUGUUGGCUGAGUUUCGGUAGAGCCGGAGAACGACACGGACAAUAAAAUAUAAUAUUAUCAAUUUGUUCAAAUCGUGAUUAUGCACUGUGUUUUGAUGCGACAAUACUGCCUGAAUGACCUUCAGCCUUCAGUGGUGACCUUUACCACAUUAGGCCUCAGAAACAUGAAUCAGUUAUAAUCAGUUAAUCACUCAUUAUAAAGUUUACUGCCUUGACUCAUCAUGGUGCACGUUAGUUUGCACACAGACUGCAGGGAUUCAGCUUAGCUGGUGGUUUUACAGUGAAGUCGAUGGGACUGGCUUGAGUGGAACAGCCCAGUUUUUAUGUGACUGAGUUCAGCUGCUUCUAGUUUCCUUCUACUAUGCUACCAAUUUCAGAUUACAUCUUAACAUCUUAGCUCCCUACAUUCGCUCCACUGUUAAGAGCUUGGAGCACUUUGCAUCCUUUGGUUUAGCACUAUGAAGCUACUAAAAUGUUGAUGUGCAACCAAAAGGAAUGGAAGUUUUCAAGCGCAUAAGCGAUGAGUGAUUAGUGGACUUCACAUUUCUGUAUGUUAAUCAGUGCCAUUUAUUGCUGUCUGACGGCUAAUCAGUAAUAAGAGGAGGGCGAACACAGACACGGCUAAUCAGUAUUUAGACAUUGUGAUGAUGAUUAACACACACAUUUGUAUGUUUAUAUUUGUGGGGAAAUGACCAAUGUUAACGCAUCUAAACAGAGAGUUUCCCAUCUGUGUGUGUGUGUGUACAGAAAUACACAGCUUGACUUCCUCACUGUGUGUUCUGGUGAAGGUUAUAUAACCUGAAGGGACAGGGCAGGAGAGCGUGAGAGAGGGAGAGAGAAAGAGAAACAUAUUUUUUUAUAGCCUGGUUAUAAAUGAGCAUGUCUUUUGAUUGUUACCAUUGCAGCUGCACAUCACUUUCGUUAUAGACGUUUUAGGAGCCUUAAACAUCACUCAUUGGCACUUUAAAGGUCAAAAUGGUGUUAAAGAACUAACUCAGUGCAUGCGUUCGACAUGCGACUGGAGACAAGAGGACAUCAUAUAAGUGAUUCAGGAGAUUUUUCAAUGUAUUAAUGUAAUGUUUACAAUAGGCCUGCUGUAAUUUCCUGUUAUCCACUAUGUAUCUGAUUUUUAUAUCACCUCAAGUGUACUCCCGCAGACCAGACUGAAUAGGUGAGAGAACUUGUCGUGGUUGUAUAUAAUAAAUGUGUUCAUUUUUAUGAAAAAUCUUUUUGUAUCCUAAUCAAAGCUUCUGAAGUCAUGAACCAUAACAAGAAGCACUUUUCUGAGUAAAUAAAGAUUUAAUUUAUUGUA